UCGCGAAGAUUUGUCGCCAAGUGUGACACUUUGAUUGUAUCAUAGAGGGCGAGGGAGGCGAGAGUCUGCCUGUAUAAGGAGUACAUUUGCGCAUCUUGCAUUUGAUCAUUCUACACCGUCCAAGAUUCGAGCAAGAGCAUUACACCUUCAAGCUACAGACCUCCAAAAGACACUUCAACCACUACAUAUUGCACUAUGCCUUCGUUCAAGGACUCCGUCUCUUCUACUCCUGCGGGCCCCUCAUCAGCACCCACCCCUGCCUCGACUGUCCCCACUCAGUCUACACCCGAGACUCUCCACGGAGCUACUACAGCUCUCACUGGUCAGGGUCUCAACCUGUGCCCUCACUGCUUUCGUGAGAUGUCGCACUGCACUGAGCGCUUCGAGUUCGCUUGAACGCAUUUUCAAUCAAACUAUCGCCGGGCAUGUGUAAAAAAAAA